GACCGAGCCGGAGGAGGGUGGGAGCGCAGGGCGGGGCGAGCAAGGCCCAGGCUGUGCACGUGGCCUACUCAAGCCAAUAGGAAGGCGGGCUAGAGACCCCCACCCCCUAGGCCUGGGCCCCGAGCCUGCCGGUGACUGGCGCCCAGGAGCCUCGGAGCCCGCCCUUCCCUCGCACCUGCGGUCCAGGGCGCCGCCCCCACAGGGGACGCCCGCGGGGUUUGAGGCGGAGCGCCGCCCUAAGACGAGACAAGGGGGCCGACCGCAGCCCUGGAGCGUCCUGACGCUGGUCUCGCCGGGCGCCCGCUGUCGGGCCCUGGUCUUAUGCAGAGCGGCAUCAUGGAGCAGCUGGUGCGGCGAACCCGGGCCGCCUUCCAGAGCGGCCGCUCGCGGCCACUGGCCUUCCGCCUGCAGCAGCUGCGGGCCCUGCAGAGGAUGGUGCAGGAGUGCCAGAAGGAGAUCGUGGCAGCGCUGACCGAAGACCUGCACAAGAGUGAAUUCAACGCAUAUAGUCAAGAAGUUAUUACUAUUCUUGGGGAACUUGACCAUGUGCUGGAGAAACUUCCUGAAUGGGUUGCCCCAGAGUCAGUGAAGAAGAAUCUCUUGACAAUGAUGGAUGAGGCCUACAUCCACUCAGAGCCUCUAGGAGUAGUCUUGAUUAUUGGAGCUUGGAACUACCCUUUUGUCCUAAGUAUCCAGCCGCUAAUAGGAGCCAUUGCAGCAGGAAAUGCUGUCAUAGUUAAGCCAUCAGAAUUAAGUGAAAGGACAGCCACACUCUUGGCCAAGAUAAUCCCUCAGUAUUUAGAUAAGGAGCUAUACUGUAUUGUUAAUGGUGGCAUUAAGGAGACCACAGAACUUUUGAAGCAGAGAUUUGACCAUAUUCUCUAUACUGGAAGUUCUGGAGUCGGAAGGAUUGUCAUGGAAGCUGCUGCCAAACAUUUGACCCCUGUGACCCUGGAACUCGGAGGGAAGAGUCCAUGUUACAUCGAUAAAGAUUGUAAUCUUGAUGUUGCUUGCAGGCGGCUCACCUGGGGGAAGUAUUUGAAUUGUGGCCAAACCUGCAUUGCUCCAGACUAUGUUCUUUGUGAGCCAUCUCUCCAGAGUCAGAUUGUGGAAAAGAUCAAGGAAACUGUGAAGGAAUUCUAUGGUGAAGAAAUAAUAAAGUCUCCUGAUUACGAAAGGAUCAUCAAUCUUCGUCAUUUUAAAAGGGUGACCAGUUUACUUGAAGGACAAAAGAUAGCUUUUGGAGGGGAAAUGGAUGAGGCUACACGAUACCUAGCCCCGACUAUCCUUACUGAUGUCAAUCCCAACUCCAAGGUGAUGCAAGAAGAGAUCUUUGGCCCUGUGCUUCCAAUUGUGCCUGUGAAAAGUGCAGACGAAGCGAUACAGUUCAUAAAUGAGCGAGAAAAGCCCCUGGCCCUGUAUGUGUUUUCUAAUAACAAUAAGCUGAUUAAAAGAAUGAUAGAAGAAACCUCCAGUGGUGGGGUUACUGGCAAUGAUGUCAUCAUGCAUUUCACCCUCAACUCUUUGCCCUUCGGAGGAGUUGGUAACAGUGGAAUGGGUGCAUAUCAUGGAAAGCACAGCUUUGAUACCUUCUCCCAUCGUCGAUCAUGCCUGAUAAAGAGUUUAAAGAUGGAAAGUGCCAAUAAGCUCCGAUACCCACCAAACAGCCAGUCCAAGAUAGACUGGACAAACUUCUUCAUCUUGAAACGCUUCAACAAAGGCAGAAUUGGCCUUUUCUUAAUGGCUUUUCUGGGUGUCCUGGUAGCCAUAACUAUUAAAGUAAGUAUGCUUUCCUUGUUCAAAAGGGGUACUGGAAGUCUCAUUCUCCCUCUGUCAAUAUCUUAUUUCUCUGCUAUUUUAGGGUGGGUUUUCUUGGUGUAUGUCUCUCCUGUUUUCUUUUUUGUAAGCAUAUUAAACUUUAAGAAGGUUUUUUAAUGGGCAGAUGUUGAAGUUCUAAGCCUUUUGCUCUUGAAGAAAUUGAAAUCUGAGUCCAGCUGAGGCUCUAAGGACAAGCUGCAUUAAUCAAUCAGCAGACGUUUAUCAGGGGUUUAUUAUGUGCUAGGAAGGAGGAAGAUACAGGAUGGAUAGAAUAGAUCCAAAGUGAUCUUAGAAUGGCGGGCUGGAUUGGACUAGGAACGCCCUUUUGGUAAGGUGGCCCUUGAGCCUCCUUACAAAGAAAGAAGCCAGGGACCCUAGAAGUAGAGAUGAGAAGGGAGAACAUUCCAGACAUGGAACACAACCCGGGCAAAAACAUGGAGACCAGAGAUGGAGCAGCAUCUAUGAGGAAUGCUGAAUAACUAGGCCAGAGGGACUAGGCUAUAGACUGCAGAGAGGGAAGUGAUGUGUCAGGAAACAAGGAAGACAGGAGAGGGCCAGGUGGCGAAGAGCUUUCAGUGCCAAGCUGAGGCAUUUAUGCUGGAUCCUAAAGAUAACAGGAACAGCUAGAGUCUGAGUGGGGACAGUGACAUGGUCAGACCCACACGUUGGGAAGACUACUUUGACAGCUACGGAGAGACUUAAGGCACAGAGACCAAGGAGAAGCCAAUUGAAAUAGUGCAUGAUGGGUACCUAGGUAGCUCAGUGGAUGGACCACCAGGCCUAGACAGGAGGUCCUGGGUUCAAAUGUAGCCUCAGAUAUUUCCUAACUACGUGACCCCAGACAAGUCAUUUAAUGCCCUUAGCCUAGCCCUUGCCACUCUUCUGCCUUGGAGCUGAUAUUUAGUGUCAAUUCUAAGACAGUCAGUAAGGUGGCAAUGACAAGGUCUGACAAAUUUCUGGAUGUGUGGGGCGAUCGGGGGAGCUGUGGAUGACACUGACCUGGUGAGCGUGAUUGUCCAGAAGGGGGAUGGGCCCUCUCAACAGAAGUAGAAAAGUUCGGAGGAGGAAUGGGGUUGGGGGCAAAGGUAAUUGAGAUAUCUUAUCCAGUUCAAAAUGUCUGGUACGCAUUUGGGAUUGAGGGCUGCAGUUCAGAAGAGAGACCAGGGCUAGAUAUGUAGAGCCUGGAGUCUCUGCCCAGAGGUGAGAAUGACGCCCAUGAGAACAGAGGAGAACACCAGGUUAAAGAUCAGAGAAAAAAGCAGACAGGGCCUAGGACAGAGCCUCGCGUUGACGUGGUUCAAGGUCCAGCCAAGGAGCCUUCUGAAAGAACGUAGGAGGGGCAGCUAGGUGGAUGGAGCGCCAGGCUUGGGAUUGGGAGGACGGAAGGUCUGAUGUGGCCUCUGACACUUCCUAGUUGUGUGACUCUGGGUAAGUCCCAUAACCCCACUGCCUAGCCCUUCCCCUCUGGCGUAGAAUCCAUGCAGACACAGAAAGGAUGGUUUUUAAAUGUAGGAAAACCAAGAGAGUGCAAAUAAUGAAAACCCAGAGAAGAGGCUGUCCGGAAUUGCUGCUCAGCGAUGUCAGAGGCUGCAGAGAGGCCAACGCUGAGUGUUGAGAAGGGCCAUGAAAUCUGGCAGUUAAGAGGUCCUCCGUGACCUGGGAGAGAGCAGCCCCAGCCCAGUGACGAGGCGGGAAGCCAGGCUGCACAAGGAAGCUUUUGUGAAGCUGUGUAGCGGAGAUGGGGUGUGGAUCCAUGAGGGACAGCAGGGGCCGGGGAGCUUGUAGUGAUGGCUAAGGAUGGGAGAGGCCUGGCCAUGCCCACGGCCAGCGGGGAAGGAAACAGAAGGUAGACUGACAGUGGGGCUAGCAAUGGGGGUGAAAGAGAUCUUGACCGGGACAAGACGAGGAGAGGAGGACAGAGGGAGCUCCUGGUGGUGAGGCCUCAACUGGGAGGGCCAGGGAGGGCGCGUCCACAUGGGCUCUGCAUGCGGUGAUGCUGCUCUCAUUGCCAGCUUUCAUUUCUGCAUUUUGAGUAGAAGGUGAAUCUAUUUUCAGCCGAGUAAGAUUCAUACAGUUGUUAAUGGAAGGGUGUAGAAUGGCUUGGCAAGUAGCUUUGGUGAAAGAUGGCCAAUCUUAAGCAUGACUUGAUUGGAUUUCUAGCCUUUCUCUUUCACUGUCUCUUUCUCUUAGUAAAACUGGAUUUGGUUCACCCUCUUUGUGACUGUGGUGGUGGGUGCCAGAAGCCUCCCUGGACAGCUGAUCCAUGCUAUGGACGUGAGGGCUUAGGGUGAAGGGAGGUUGGAGGGAAGCAGGCUUGGGCUGUGUCAGGGCUAGUUUCUCAACUCCGUGAGGGCAGAGAGGAGCGUGUCUGUGACUCGACUGGUGGAGGAGGAAAAGGCUGGAAGGAAUGAAGACAACCAUUUCCAUGAUGGAAAAACUUAGAGAAUUGGUAUGACUCAAAAUGUUUAAUAGAUUUCUAUUUCUGUGUGUCGUGUAUGUUUUUUUUUCUUUUCUUUUAAUUCUGAAAGGGUUUUGACUUCCCUCACCCCACUGUGCCUUUCUGGGAGUGAGGGAUACAAGUUGCAUUUUGAAUUAUUUGGGUCUUCUCAGAAAUACCAAGCUGUGCUGAGAAGAAAGGCUCUGUUGGUUUUUCUGGUAAUUCACAGACUUCAUUGGUCCAAUAAACAGUGAGGAACAGCGGAUUUCCAAAGGCAGCACUAUCAGUUAAAGCGAGGUAGGAAUUCCUUGAUCUCUUUUUCCCCAUCAGAGGGCUGGGAGGGGCCUCCACAUAGCUCUAGGCUCAUUGCUUUGGGGCUUGGCCCCUUGCCCUUAGAUUACCAUUACUAGCAGGUUUUUGGUUUGUUUUUAAACAACAUAGAGAAUAAAAAUUAGAUUUGCAAAGGUAAUAUAGAAUAUGUGCAGAGGUAUACCAUGGGACAGAAAAAGAGGAACUUCCUCCUGCAAAGUGCCAGGAGUGAGAAGGACUCUGAGGCAGCAGCCGGGAGGGAGGCCUUAGGCCUUGGCCCUGCCAGCAGCAGCAUUCAGCUACCUAUCCACUGGCCUUUCUGGGAGCAUGUACAUACAUAUAGGAGUUGACAUUCCUGUUCACCAUUUGCUUUUUCAUUCAAAUUUAGUUUCUUGCCCCCUUUUAAAGCGUGCUGUGAUCCUCGUGAUCCUCGCUGCAAUUGGAUCUGAUCCCUUAAAAUUUCUGGGUUGUGUGUUCUUGUGGGAAACUACAGUAUGAUAAAGGCCACAGUGGUGAGCUUGGUGAAUAUGGGAAUGGCUGCUGUCCUGUUCCCUUGGGUUUCAUGCCAUUUCUCAGUUCUACUCUCCCAGCCUUGGUUUCUCAGUCUAAUCUAUAGCUCUUUGGCCACAGGGAGUCUGGAGAGAAAGAAUAUUAAGGGUUCCUGCAUUCCUGUUACCCUCAAACUGUCCUGUACCCAGUGCAGGUGCACUGUUGGUACCAGUCUGGUUGUACUCGUGGAAGACUUGGCCUGCGUUUGGCUGACUCAUUUCUUUUCCACCCAGGAGACACAGAGUGGGUUUAGUGGGAAAAGCCCAGGGCUGGGAGCAGGUGAUCUGAAUGCUGACUCUGGCUCAGCUCCCACCCAGCUCUGUGACUCUGGGCAAGUCCUUUGACUUUCUGGGCCUCCAUGUUCUUCCUCAUUCAGUGAGGGGAUUAUCCUGGAUGAUCCCCCAAGAUUUUUUUCCUGUAGUAACUUCCUGAGGUUCCACUGAAAUCACUCGUCGUGUGACUUGUUCUAAUGUCUAAUCUGGAAACUGAUUGACGAAUGGUGCUCUCUCCCAGCCUUGUUCUCUCCUUGGAUCUUUCACUUUUCACCUUUUUCUUCCUCUCACUCACUUUGAACAAAUGAUUCAGGGUGGUAUUUAUGGUGGUUUCUGAUUCUUUCUGUAAUUGUUUUUCUGGAGUUCAUGGUUUUCACCUUUUUAGACACACACUUUGGUGGGUUUGACGUCAGCCCCCCUCCAACCCCCCCCCCCCCUUCAGUUGCUGGAAUAGGUAUGGACGUUCUGAACAAGAAUUGUAAAACUUAGGAAGCUUGAGAACCUUUGGGAAGUAGAUGUAUUUGAGCUUUUUUUUUUUUCAUUGUAAAAGUACUCUAUUUAGGGCCUCAAAGCCUCAAAGCCAUGCAUUAGGUUUAGUUGGUCCCAGACACGUGUUUUGAAUUUUAAAAACAAAAAUUGCUCAUUUGGAGAUGUUUUGGUUGAGCGGGAAAGGGCAGUUUGUCAGUUAUUGGGAACGAUCGGAUCAGGGAAGCAAAGAUCCUGGGAUCCCUUCCCAGCUGACCCGGGACAGGAAACUUAGCUUUGGGUUUCCUUUAUCAACACAAGCCAACACCCUUUCUAGAGACAUAUUGGCCUCAUUGGAAAAGAUGUUUUUAGAUGUUCUUAUGCAAAGCACCAUGUGGCAGUAUGUUCUUGAUUAAGCCUUGUUCUGACAUGACUGAUGAGAUAGUUUUAUCCUCUCCCUUUUUUUCUCUUUACAGUUGCAAUACUUCUAAGGAUGUCUUCAGUUCAAUGUGCAAAUUGUCUUUACUGGAUCUCUGCUUUUGUUAUCCGAUUCAUGAACACAUUGAUUCCUGUUAACCAUAUUCAUAUAAAAGUGCAAAGAUUAACUUUAAAGGAGGCUGCUAUUUACUCUUCUAAAAACCUGCCAUUGCCAUUACAUCUCCAACUGCUUUUAGCCACAGGGCCCUUUAAAGUGGAUGUUCCAGAUUGAGUUUGUUAUAGACUGAGGCAAAAGAGAUGCUUUAGGUGGGGCUUCAUGGUGCCUGGCCCCCUCCCUCCCUCAACCCUGCUCUCACUGUCAGGCUCCCUUGGAACACCCUGGGGCAGGGGUGGGCAGGGCCUUUGAAGGAGUCCCCUAGUGACUGAGAGCCCCCAUGGCCCUGGAGGCCCUUAGGAUGGGUGUGAGACUCAUCUUCUUCGGUAUGUCCUAGAAGAGAAACACCAUUAGGGCUGUGCCUUGUAUUCCCCGUGAUACCAGGUUGGAGGAGGGGCAGAGUCUUCCCAUUCAUCUGAGGGAAUUAGAAGUCCAGCCAUUAGAGAGGCCCAGGGACAUGCAGGGAACCUUUAAACCUGACCUUUAUCAAAGCAUUGGGUCACCGUCCCAUCUGCGGACCACUUCACCAAGGGAGCAGCUAGGCUCAUUCACAGGCAAGGUCUUCCGUCGUCUGUCCGUCUGCCCCACGCUUUGGGUUUCGCUUGGGAGUGGUUCGUGCCGGCUAACUCCAGAGCCAGUCCCGCGCCUCCCCGAGGCCGCAGCUCCCUUUCCAUCCUGCCCCUGCCCUUCGCAGGCCCGAGCUGAGCGGCUUCCUGUGCUGCACUUGGCUCCAGAUCCCGUUUAAGCCCUCGUUCCAAAUGAUGUACGCCCAAAUGCCAGCAACCGAGGCUCCGUGGUAGGUUUAAAGCCAGGCUCGCCUCUUUCUAAGGGAGUUCCAAAUGCAGAACUGGGAAUUUGAAGGAAGAAGGGAGGGAGGUACCAGCUCACUUACAGGGAUCACAUGCUUCGAGCAGAAAGACGUCCUGUGGGACGGCAGCCGCUGCCAGGCAGGCGUCGAGGGCUGGAGGGGUCCAGCUCCAUUGGACGCCGUCAAUCCUCGGCCCAGUCGCAGGAGGCGAAGAGAAUUCCAGCAACCAGGAAGGUGAAAUCGGAAUCCUCAGGCAGGAGGGAAAGUGUGGGCCGAGGGUUGAUGUGUAUGAGCAGGAGAUGGGGGAGGCCCAGGGUUGGGCAAGAACAGCACCUGCCAAGGCAGCACGCGGUGUAGGCGCGCCCAAGGCUGGCAGCAUGCCAGGCAACGCAGCGGUGAUCUGGGGGUCCCAGGGGACAUGGAGGCCCGCGCAGCCUUAAAAUGUUAACUGCACGUACCGAGGCGUUUUCCCCUCUGAAUACAGCUUCCAGUUUAAAAUGUUAAAUCAGUGGUGGUCUCCGAGGGGGGAUGACACUUCCCUUCGAGGCCUACUUCACCGACAGCUUUGCUGGAGUCAUUCAGGGGUGGGUAGAUGUGCCGGUAACGCUUCAUGUGCUACAAGUAAUCAUUAGCUUGUUUUAAGGAAUGGAACUGCUUGCUUAAAUGGUGACUUUUAGCCAUUAUAGUCAAUUACCCCAAAAUGGUAGACGUGGAAUUGAAAAAGGUUUUGACUUACAUAUCAGAAUUAUGUAUCACAUUUGCCUUUUUGGUAAACCUAAACAGCUGCCUGGUUACUAGCAUUACAGUUAAAAAUCUUUAUUAUGAUUAAUAAAAUCAAGAUGAGUUUGAAA